UACAUAUAAUUAAAUAUCAAUUUCGGUAACAUUGAUGCCACGUUUACAUUGCAAUAAAGUGGAAUUUUAAGUGAAAGAUGGAUGCUGGAGGUCACGUUCAGUGAAGCGAAUGGUUUGCUUGCGGACAUGGAGAACCACAUGAAUUCUCUGCACAUAAAUAUAAUUUUAUAAAGAAACCCGUCUGUAGACUUCAGUUGAUUCUAAAAUGUCAUUCAACAUGGAACGCGUCGGAGCACUUUUGUUUCUCACAUUACUUCUUUGCUCAGAAACUUGUUCUUUGGAGAGUGAGGAUAUUGAUGACGUGUGCUUUAUUCGGGCCAAUGUUGUGAGUGAAAAACUCGACACGUUUUCAUCCAGGUUCCAAUUAAGGCUAGAAGAUAAUUUGUCCGCAAUUAGAAACACUUUGGAAGACACAGUCAAAUUACUGAGCGAUUCUUUAAUGAACAAAGAAUCGAAAUCAAGAGAUUUUAACGAAGAUUACUUUGAAGAAUUUGCUAAUAGGGCCUCCAGCUGCAGGAGAAGCAAAGACCUGCACGUUCAAUUGUUGGCCAACGGCGAAAAGUACUACUUUGGCCUCCCUCCUACAAACUGGCUCAAUGCCAAGGGCAUUUGUGAAUUGCACGGCAUGCGGCUGGUCACCAUCGACUCCGGGGAAGAAUUGGAAAUGCUCCGAGAAGCAGCGCCAAUCAAAUCGUUCAGUUCCGGUUGGUUUUGGACGUCUGGAAGCGACGUCGGUAGCGCCCCUGGCACUUUUAUGUGGGCUAACGGACGCAAGGUCGGCGAUUUUGCAUGGGAUGUGAAUGAGCCAAAUGACUUUUCCGAAGAGCACAACAGCUGCGUCACUUUACGGACUUUCCAAGAAGGAAAACUUGAAGACGCGCCGUGUGUCAAUAGAGGCUCCUUCAUUUGCGAACUCGCGCCAGUUUGCAAAAUUUUAGAUAUGCUGAAAUAGCCAAAUUUAAUGGUUUCAAAUUUUCACACAGAAAUAAGUCAAAAGUAAUUUGCGUUUACUUUCUUCAGUUGUUUUUAUGUUUAUGUCAAUUUUAAAUCAAUAAAAACAUUCUUAUUAA